AACCAAAAUCGCAUAUUUACCACCACCCUUUCUCUACUUCCUUGUAAUUGUCUGGUCUCCUAGUACUUUUCGGAGCAUUAAUCGCAACCCACAGAACCAUGAGUUGAAUCCCUUUGAUCCAAUUCCAAAUCAACAAAAAAAUAAGGGGGAAAAAGGAGAAAGAGAAAUUGCGCAAGAACAAGAAACAAAAAAGACAAGUCUUCCAACCAACCUUUUGAUUACCUCGUCAACCCAACAGCAUUGUCGUUUCUUUCAAAAUCUGAAGACAACCCAUUUUACACGACCACAUAAAUAACACAUAGCCGAAAGCACAAAAAGCUCUUCAUUCUUUUUUUGUUGUCUCUUUUAGGUUUAUUUUCACAAUUUGAUUGAUUCCUCCCAUUGUGUUAUUCUGUCCUGGGGUUGGUGCAGAAAUGUUUUCUGCGACAUUGCAUUCAUUAAAGAUUAUUUUUUUAAUCGAGGGGCAUUUGUGUUGUUAGCAUUGAUGGAUGAAGAAGAAUAGGGGUGUGAGGGAGGGUGUAUCAAAGUGGAUUCCUUAAAGAGAAUGAGCAAAGAGAUCAACAAAGCCUGGGAAGCAACACUUCGCAAAUCGAGUGGUACGAAGAAAAGGGCAAGCAGCAUCUUCACACAAAUGUCUGUGGCCCAUGUGGAUGAUGAUAUGUCCGCGGAGGUGUGUCAGGUUGAGAAGAUUCUCCCCAACGGCGACUUCUACACAGGCCAAUGGGUGGAGAAGUUCCCCCAUGGCCAAGGAAAGUACCUUUGGACAGAUGGGUGCAUGUAUGUGGGUGAAUGGAUCACCGGAAGCACCAUGGGAACGGGGAGGUUUAGCUGGCCCAGUGGUGCCACCUAUGAGGGUGAAUUCAAGAGUGGUUACAUGGAUGGGAAAGGCACUUACAUUGGUGCUUCUGGGGACACCUAUAAGGGGUGUUGGGUGAUGAACUUGAAGCAGGGACAGGGGACUGAGAGCUACCCCAAUGGAGAUUUCUAUGAUGGGGAAUGGAAGAAGGGGUUGCAGAAUGGGCAAGGGAGGUACCAGUGGAAGAAUGGGAACCAGUACAUUGGGCAGUGGAAGAAUGGUGUGUUCAGUGGGAAUGGCACAAUGAUGUGGAACAAUGGGAAUAGGUUUGAUGGGGCUUGGGAGGAAGGGUUGCCAAAGGGAAAUGGCACAUUCAGGUGGAGUGAUGGGAGUUUCUAUGUUGGGGUUUGGAGUCAAGGCCCAGGGGAACAGAGUGGGACUUAUUAUCCUUCUGAAUCUUCUCCUGAAAGUUCUACGGAUUGGGAUCCUCAGAAUCUGUACAGUGUGGAGCUGAAUGAUUGCCAUAUUUGUCCUUGUGAGAAAGUGGCAAUUUACCCUUCGCAGAAGACAUUGAGUGGGUGUGGGGGAGAUGAGGAUAAUAGGCCACUGCUUAAGAAGAGAACUGAUGGGAGUGGGAGGCCAAGGUGGACUUCAGAGGAUGGGAGGGUCAGUAGCUACAGUUGUAAUGAUGGGAAUGUUGGUUUUGAUGGAGGUAGAAAAUCUGGAUUUAGUGCCAUGGAAGCUCGUUCCAUUUCUACUAGAAGCAGUUUUACGAGGUUGAGAAUAAAGAAUCCCAAGAGACAGGGAGAGACCAUAUCCAAAGGGCACAAGAAUUAUGAGCUUAUGUUGAAUCUGCAGCUAGGUAUCAGACAUUCUGUUGGAAGACCUGCUCCAACUCCAUCGCUUGAUUUGAAGUCUUCUGCAUUUGAUCCCAAAGAAAAAGUAUGGACAAGAUUUCCAACGGAAGGGUCCAAGCACACACCACCUCACCCGUCUAGUGAAUUUAGAUGGAAAGACUACUGCCCGGUUGUGUUCAGGGCUCUCAGAAAAUUGUUCAAAGUUGAUCCAGCUGAUUAUAUGAUUUCAAUAUGUGGGAAUGAUGCCCUUCGAGAGCUCUCAUCCCCUGGGAAAAGUGGAAGCUUUUUCUAUUUGACAAACGAUGAUCGUUACAUGAUAAAGACCAUGAAAAAAGCUGAAGUAAAAGUUUUUCUGAGAAUGCUUCCUGCAUAUUACAAACAUGUUCGGUCUUUUGAGAACACUCUAGUUACCAAGUUCUAUGGCCUCCACUGUGUUAAACUAACAGGAACUUCACAGAAGAAGGUUCGCUUUGUCAUCAUGGGAAACCUAUUCUGUUCUCAAUAUGCCAUCCACAGGCGCUUUGACCUUAAAGGUUCAACCUUUGGUCGCACUACUGACAAACCCGAAUCAGAAAUAGAACCUACAACAACACUCAAAGACCUUGACCUAAAUUUUAUAUUCCGGUUACAGAAGUCUUGGUUCCAAGAAUUCUGCAGGCAAGUGGAUAGGGACUGUGACUUUCUUGAGCAGGAGAGGAUUAUGGAUUACAGUAUGUUGGUUGGUCUUCACUUCAAGGAAACAACUUCUGCUGGCACUGUUGCACCUACUCGUAUCAGUUUAGCCGGUGGCUGUACCCCAACUGGUGUAGAAGAUGGAAGGUCCCGUCUUUCUGGAGUUGAUGCUGAUAAUCUUGCAGUAGAUCCUAGCCGGUGGAUUCAAUUAGGAAUAAAUAUGCCAGCAAGGGCUGAAAUGACUGUGAGGAAAAGCACAAGUGAGACUCCUCAGCUGGUUGGAGAGCCAACUGGGGAGUGUUAUGACAUCAUAAUCUUUUUUGGUAUCAUAGACAUAUUGCAAGACUAUGAUAUCAGUAAAAAGCUUGAACAUGCUUACAAAUCGUUCCAGUAUGAUCCAACAUCAAUCUCUGCUGUUGAUCCAAGGCAAUACUCAAAACGCUUUCGUGAUUUCAUCUUCAGAAUUUUUGUAGAUGACACUUGAAGGUGAGGUUUUGAUGCUAAAAAUUCAUCUUUCAACAGGUGCACAUCAAUGUAUAGUUACAAGGAAAUCACAAAGUUCUAACAUUCUCAUUCAUACUCAUACAUAGCUUAGCAAUCACACUGUUAUUGGAGGCUAUUUUGUGAUCACAGAAACAGAUACACAUUUUCUAAAACUUCUGCAUUUUCCAGUUCAUUUAGUGAAUUUUACUUUAUCUAUAGGCACAACGAAUGUAUACUUUAGUGUAGAUCAAAUGUUGUUUAGAGUUAAUCAAAGCCUUUUUUUUUUCAAUUGUAAAUGAAUCAGCAAAAAGUGGUACACAAGAUUGAACAUUAUUCUUUUCUGUAUGCAUUAUUUUGUCCCCAAAUAAGGCCUCUGGGAUUCGGCACUGGAUAAAUUGUACAUUCAGAAGAUGAAAACUAUAGAUUUGUGUACAAAAGUAAAUGCAAAUCUUCUUGCUAUGGUUUUGUGUUAUCUUCUACUAACAUCCGAAAGUUUCACAAUUAAAA